AUGACCUCCCUCCCAGAGCUCACGACUUUGAUAAGACCUCUGCUCCGCGUGAGCAGUCGCCGAAUUGGAGCCUAUUCCCAAUGUCAUCGAUUAACUCAAACUCCCUGCUGGUUAUCUUAUCCCCGACGCCACCUUUCUCGGCAUUCCCGAUUCCCUGUGACUUCAGCCGUAGGCUUGAGGUACAAUCUCAGACCAUUCCACAGCACACCCAUCAACUCCAAAGAUGACUCCGGGAAUACCUCAAAGCAAGAGCCUCCGCCUAAGGCAGGUCCAAAGCCUGGAGGCAAUGAUCCGAAUGAGGUAUUUACGGACAUGAAUGUACUUUCUGGGGUUCCACCGCCAGCCAGCGCUAUAGAAUGUGUCUACGAAGAUGGAUUUUUGCUCAACAAUGGCAUGAGAUUUAGCGGAAAAGACGGAAUCAUUAUCAUCCACAAUGAGGCGUUCAAUUGGCUCUCACACGGAGCUGCAAGAGUUCGUAACGGAGUGCUAGAAUUGGACGAAGACCUAUGGGGAGUACUAGAUGUUGUGGCUCCCAAGCCAGAAUUACUGAUUUUGGGGACUGGCGCACGAUCUAUUCCCAUCUCCCCACGGACGAAGAACCAUCUGCAUCUCUUGGGAAUCCGUAUCGAUAGUAUGGAUACGAACAAUGCAGCUUCGCAAUAUAACAUGUUAGCUACGGAGCGACCCGGCCAGAUUGUAGCUACUGCUCUCCUCCCGGCCUUUUUCCGUUCCUAG